CAAGAUACGCCCAUAGUUGGGAACAUCAUCGUCUAUAAAAGUACCUAUCAAACAGUCCUCCCAUAGCUUUAUCCCCUCCUCUCGAACAGCACGAGGCAACUUUACCUUCAAUUUUCCAUUUUCAAGAACCAGAGGAUGAAAUGCUAGGGAUUUUGUUUGCAAUUAUAUGAUGCUACAGGAGAAAGAGAACCCUGAUCGGAAACAUAAAAAUUAUCAAUGUCGCUGUUCUUUUCUUGAGAUUUACAAUGAGCAAAUUGGAGAUUUACUUGAUCCAACUCAAAGGAACCUUGAGAUAAAGGAUGAUCCAAAAAGUGGAUUGUACGUUGAGAAUCUGAGUGAGGAAUAUGUGACUAGCUAUGAGGAUGUAACUCAAAUUUUGAUCAAGGGGCUCUCAAGCAGAAAAGUUGGAGCAACAAGUGUAAAUUCUAAGAGCUCUCGGUCUCACAUUGUAUUUACUUUCAUAAUUGAAUCAUGGUCCAAGGGAGAAUCAUCAAAAUGUUUCAGCAGUUCUAAGACAAGCAGAAUUACACUAGUUGAUCUUGCUGGACUAGACAGAGAUAAACUUGAAGAUGCAGGUAGACAACAUGUCCAAGAAGAUAAAAAUGUUAAGAAGUCCCUAUCACAGCUUGGGCAUGUAGUAAACAACCUUGCGAAAAGCAGUGAGCCUGAAAAUUCUGGAGACACUCCAUAUGGUAGUUCGUGUUUAACCAGUUUACUGCGAGAAUCACUUGGUGGCAAUUCCAAACUCACUGUUAUCUGCAACAUUUCUCUGAAUAGACACAGUGGGGAGAUACUGAGCACUCUGAGAUUUGGACAGCGAAUUAAAUCUGUAAGAAAUGACCCAGUGAUUAAUGAGAUAUCAGAAGAUGAUGUUAAUGACUUGAGUGAUCAGAUUGGUCAAUUAUAAAGGAAGAACUUAUAAGAGCAAAGU